AUGGCAUCACCUAUCGAAGAUUUUUUAUUAUUUGUAGGAUCUGUGAUUGGCAUUCAAACCCCAGAAAACAAUGUUGCCGUCAAGGAAAAACUUAAUAACAAAUGGAAAUGCGAGUCGAAUGCAGAUUGUACUGCAGAAAGUAGUGUCUGCUCCAAUUCCACGUGUCAAUGUACUGCUGGUUACAUUUUCAAUAGGUUUAUGACGGCAUGUAUUAAAGUUGCGACUGCAUACGGUGACAACUGCGUCGAAUCGAUACAAUGUUCCAGGUAUUUAUUCAAUGGCGGAGGUUGCGUAAAUAAUGCUUGUGCAUGCGUUGACGGAUACUAUUAUGUGCAUGGAAGAUGUAAUGCAUAUAGAGGAUUGGCUGAGAAAUGUCGUUACGACUAUGAUUGUUAUGUACACACCGAAUAUGGGGCAGUAUUCUGUGACAAUGGAAUUUGCCAGUGCAGUCCUGGCUAUUAUCAACGCGAAUAUAGAACGUGUCGUCCAGAGGGGAAAAAAGUCGGUGACGCAUGUACGAUAGAUAAGGAUUGCAGAUUUAAUGGCAGUGCACACUGCGAUAAUGAUUUUAAAUGCAGUAUCGCGCAACCUGAUAACACACCUGAAUCUUCGUAUACUUAUCAAGUUCGUCAACAAUAUUAUUCAAUUGAAUCAGAAGCUGACAUGGGUAACUGUUCAACAAACCAAGAUUGUAAACAUAUAGGAAAUGCGUUUUGCAGUCAAUCAGGCAUAUGUGUCUGCGAACGUGCUCAUUUUUUCUCUCAAAAAGGAAGUAGAUGCGUUCCAGAACUUGGCGAGUCGUGCGAAACAAGUGAUACUGCUGUCAUUGACUAUUCGGAAUGUAUAAAUGGCAAAUGGAAGUGCCAACAAGGAAGGGUUACGUCUGUGAACAAUAUGGAAUGUCUAAAAGUAACAAGCAAGUACCAGUACUCCUGUCUUAUCAAUGAGCAAUGUCAAAUCUUUGGUCCCGAUGCUAUCUGUAAUGACACAAAUGAAGGUAGAAAAUGUUUUUGCGGCAGUAAUUCUCGGUACAUCGAAUCUGAAAUGUUCUGCUGGAUAAAGAGAGGGCUCAACGAAUCAUGUACAAAGGACAUAGAUUGUCACAUCGAUGGUACCAGCACCAAACUAUCUUGCACAAACAAUGUUUGUUCUUGCCCCAGUGGAACUCAUGCGAAUUCAAAUCGCACAGACUGCGUGGAGAAUUACGUAGGUAUCAAUUCCACUUGUAUCACCAGCAACGAUUGUGCACCAAACAACACGGAAUGCGUAGAAUUCAAUGACUCGGGCAAACGUUAUUGUGCUUGUGAGAAAAAUUAUGUAGCAGCCUCAUUUAAAUCCUGCGUACCAGUUGCAUCAUUUGGGGACCUUUGUGAUAUUGACAUUCAGUGUUCUACGAAGGUGUCAAAUGCAAUUUGUUUGGAAACUGAUAACUCAGAUCAGAAUAAAACUUGCAGUUGCAGGAAGGGCUAUCAUUACAAAUUUCAGAAUUGUUUUGAACAAAAAGUUCUUGGUGAAAGCUGCCGGAAUCUUGGGGAAUGUUAUCUGGAUUCCAACGUGGACAGGGUAGUCUGCAAGAAUGGGCAGUGCGCAUGCGAUUGGGGUUACAUUAAAGUAAACAGUACUAUGUGCGGAAUACAUCGGAACCCUCCACGUUACAGAAACGGCACUACGAUCAAUGGCAUUUCUGGAGGAUUACUGUUAAUAAUGCUACUACUCGUAAACAUUUGUAGUUCGAUUAAACUAUGA